AUGAGCGACGAACAACAGAGGGAUAUCAGCUCUGCUGGUGGUUCUGUUGCUGCUGCUCCUGCAGCAGCAGCAGCAGCAGCAGCAGCAGUUCCAGCAGCAGCUGCCGCAGCAGCAGCGGCUCAAGCAGCAGCAGAGGCAGCAGCAGCAGCAGCAGCAGUGCAGGGGACCCCGAACGCUUCUGUGGGAGAUAACAAUGCUCAGGACGCAGCAGCAGCAGCAGCAGCAGCAGCAGCAGAUCUUGCUGCUUAUCGUCAGCUGCACCAGCAGCGCUAUGCUGAGCGGCUGCUGAAGGAAGCAGAAGAGACGGCAGCAGCAGCAGCAGCAACAGCAGCAGCAGACCUUGCUGCUUAUCGUCAGCUGCACCAGCAGCGCUAUGCUGAGCGGCUGCUGAAGGAAGCAGAAGAGACAGAACAAAUGAGGAGACAGAGAGAAGAGAGGAUGGGUGUGGAGUUGGCUCGUCGGCUGCAGCAGGAGGAGAUGGAUAGGCUGGAGAUGGAAGCAGCAGCAAACAGAGAAAGACAGCGCCAGCUAGCUGAGGGACGGAUUGCUGCUGCUGCUGCUGCACCUUCACCGGAAGCAGAAGCAGCAGCAGCAGCAGCAGCAGCAGCAGCAGCAAACGGGCCUCUCGCGCAGUCAAACCCAUAUAGUCCAGGAGAAGACGAGUGA